AUGCUGAAAUUCCCAUAUGAUAUCGUUUCUUUUCUUCUACCCGCUUGGACGCUUCUCUAUUUCUUCCGACCACAACGAAAAGAUGGAUUUGAUCAACAGGACAGUCAAGAGUCCUCCCUUCCCUCGAUUUCCGGCAUCGCCGAUGUGAUUGUGGUCCGGAAUUGGCGACGAAGAUAUCGACCACUUGUACAAGAUAACUCGCAAUAUGUACCGGCACCCGAAUUGAGAAGAACAGUGCAACAAAGAGUGAGGAGAGAAGGCACAAGAGGAGCAGACAAUGGUGUGGUCAGGAGAGUGUCCUCGGCGCCGCAGAUUGCGCAACGUCGGAUCUCUAUCUCUCGCUCUUACAUUUCUUCAACGCUCUACUCGAUUCCCGAAGAAAUACAACAACUUCACCCUCACUCCUCUGGGAUGAUUGACACUGGCGAGUUGAUGAUCGCCUCGUCGAUCGAUAAUCUUUCAAUGGUUCCACAGAUUGAAGAGGAUGAC